CAACAAACUUUACGGUAAGUUUCCUGAACCAGGAAGCAUGAUUUAAAGAGUGUUUACCUUAUUGUACAUCCAUCGUGUUGACAUCCCAUGGGUGACUACAAGACAGAAACGGGUGCACAGCUUUUUGCCAGGCUAGAAGCACGUCGCUGUCUGAUCGAUAUCGAGCCACAUCUGUUCCCCAAGAACUGCGGACCUCAGUAUGGGGAGGUGGUUGAAUUACAUGGCUUGGAAGGGACAGGUAAGACAGAGCUGCUGUACCACCUGCUGUGUCGCUGCAUCCUGCCUGUGGAGGCUGGAGGUAUGGGUGUGGAGGUGGUGUUUGUGGACACUGACUACAGCCUGGACAUGUUACGCCUGGUCACCAUACUGGAGAACAGACUGGCUGCUGGUCGCUCUUCCAGCAGCCCACAGGCUGAGUCCGACGCGGGGUGUUCGGAGGAGGCCGCCCUGCGCACCUGUCUCUCCCGCCUCCUCGUGGUCCACUGUGGCUCUUCCUCCCAGCUGCUCCUCACCCUCCACUACCUGGAGACCUCCCUUUCCUCCCGGCCCGGCCUAUCGCUGUUGCUCAUCGACAGUAUCUCGGCUUUCUAUUGGCUGGAUCGCUGCGGGGGCGGGGAAAGUGCGGCCAGACAGGAGGACAAGCUCACCAAGUGUUCAGAGUUGCUUUCUAGACUACUAAGAGAUUACAGAAUCACAGUUUUCGCCACCUCGCACGCCAUCAGAAGGAACUACAGAAACAUUGCUACUUCUUCGUCAUCCUCUUCCUCCUCCCCCUCAUGUUCUGAGUAUGAGCAGCCAUACCUCUGUCGCCCAUGGCAACGCUUGGUAACCCACAGGCUGUUGUGUUCCAGGGGAACGCCUGGAACCAACAUGGCCACUGCGUGCACUGAGGAGCAGAGCCGAAGACAGGCGUUCAACGUUCGCUGCAUCUCCUUUUCCUCCUCCUCCUCCUCCAAAGUGACCAAGGCUCACAAGAGCAGCUCAUUCUAUGUGACUGACGGAGGAGUAGUGUUUGUUUAAAAUUCCAGAGUCUACCUUGUUGUUUUGUUCCUGAAAAUAACAGCCUUGUUUUUUGUGAGUUUGUACACAUAUUCACUAUGUAUAUGUGGUGUUAUCUGUAAAAAGCAUUCUGAAGUUAAUGCGUUUUAUGUAUGUUGUAUCUGACGUUGAAACUGCUGCACUGGAACUUUUCACUCUCAGAGAAAAGUGCGUUUACACCUUAUUUCCACCAGGGGGAACCACCUGAAUCCCAUCCGCACACAUCACAAGUCUGGCUGGCUGGGAGCUGAGGCCUUUGAAUCAUGGGUUGAUAAUAGGAGUCCUUUUCCAUUUUAGGGUACACCUGUAGCUCCGUUCAGUAGUUUGGUUUUGACAACUAAAGGAAAUCACUCAACAAAUAUCUGACAACAAGGCAUUCUAAUGUUUUGAUGUGAUAUCUUCUCUUGGAUAGUCCCGUUUUUCGGACUGGGUUUGGUUUUGGCAUUGGUUUUACAAUCCAUGUAUUUAUACUAGCUUGUAUAGGCAAAACUGUACUAUGUUCCGAAAUAAAGUAUGUCUAACAAUUUAGCUCUGAAUUAAUUUGUAGAAAGGAUGUGCCCAGAAAUGUUGUUUGAAGAUUUAACAAGCACAUUUCUAGUCCAUCAUACUGGUUACAAAAUAAAUAUUUUCGUAGAGAUACACAUUC